AUGGGGGCUUUGACCAGCCGACAAAACGCAGGGGUGGAGGAGGUGGAUAUCCCCGCUAAUUCCGUCUAUAGGUACCCCCCCAAAUCCCGGAAGCGGGGGGGGGGGGUGCCGGCUCUGCUCCGCGCUGGGGAGGGGGGACCAGGGAGCUACUUUGCCAACCACUUCAUCAUGGGAGGAGAGAAGUUCGACUCAACGCACCCUGAGGGUUACCUCUUCGGCGAGAACAGCGACCUCAACUUCUUGGGGAACCGACCCGUGGUGUUCCCUUACGCUGCUCCACCUCCUCAGGAACCCGUGAAGACCCUCCGGAGCCUGAUCAACAUCCGCAAGGACACGCUGCGCCUCGUCAAGUGUUCGGAGGAGGUGAAGACCCCAGGGGAAGAGGUCAGCAAAGCCAAGGUGCACUACAACGUGGAGUUCACCUUCGACACGGACGCCCGCGUGGCCAUAACCAUCUACUACCAGGCCAGCGAGGAGUUCCACAACGGGGUGGCGAGCUACGUCCCCAGGGACACCAGCCUGCAGUCGGAGACGGUGCACUACAAGCGGGGUGUGUGCCAGCAGUUCUGCGUGCCCUCCCACACUGUUGACCCCUCGGAAUGGACCGAGGAGGAGCUGGGCUUUGACCUGGACCGGGAAGUGUUCCCCAUGGUGGUGCAUGCAGUAGUGGAUGAAGGCGAUGAGCACGCCGGGCACAGCCACGUGCUGCUGGCAACCUUUGAGAAGCAUACUGAUGGCACUUUCUGCGUGAAGCCCCUCAAGCAGAAGCAAGUGGUGGAUGGGGUGAGCUACCUCCUGCAGGAGAUCUAUGGCAUCGAGAACAAGUACAACACGCAGGACUCCAAGGUCGCUGAGGAUGAGGUGAGCGAUAACAGCGCUGAGUGCGUCGUCUGCCUCUCGGAUGUCCGUGACACCCUCAUCCUGCCCUGCCGCCACCUCUGCCUCUGCAACACCUGCGCUGACACCCUGCGCUACCAGGCCAACAACUGCCCCAUCUGCAGGCUGCCUUUCCGAGCCUUGCUUCAAAUCCGAGCCAUGAGGAAAAAGCUGGGGCCCCUCUCGCCCACCAGCUUCAACCCCAUCAUCUCCUCACAGACCUCUGACUCUGAAGAGCACUCGGUCAGCGCUCAGGAGAGCUUCGGGUGCCCCACCGGGUCCUCAGAGAACAUCCCCCCAGGCUACGAGGUGGUGUCGCUGCUCGAGGCCCUCAAUGGGCCCCUGACUCCCUCACCGGGUGCAGGGCCGAUGCGGAUGCUUGGCGAUGGCCCCCCAGGUGCAGGACCGCUGCCCUCCUACAGCAGCACCGGCCGCCUGCCCCCCCUGCGGGCCCUCUCACCCCUCGAGCGGCUCUCAGAAUGUGCCCCACCGGGGCUCAAGCUGAAGAAAAGCCUUUCCAAGUCGGUAUCCCAGAACUCCUCCAUCCUGCCCGAAGAGGAGGACGAGAAGUCGUGUACUGAGUCAGAGCUGAGGGUCUGCAGGAGGAAAUCCCCUGCCCGGCUGGAGGAGGAGUGUGGCAUGACACCAGAGAGUGAGAACCUCACGCUGUCCUCAUCGGGAGCCAUUGACCAGUCCUCGUGCACCGGGACCCCGCUGUCCUCCACCAUCUCGUCUCCAGAAGAAGCUGCCAGCAGCAGCCUGGCCCAGUCUGUCAUGUCCAUGGCCUCCUCCCAGAGCCAACACUCACAGAUCAGCACCGACACUGUCUCCUCCAUGUCCGGCUCCUACGUGGCCCCUGGCACAGAGGAAGAAGGGGACAUGCUCCCCUCGCCUGCAGCCGCCAGUGCCACCGCCUCUGAUGGAGAGUCGACACCUGUGGAGUCCCCAGAUUUAAACUUUGUCAGCAUCUCAGAGGAGCACGAUGCUGAGGGCAAUGACGUGCUGGAGGAUGAGGAUGUGUCACCCACACAGGAAGAUGGCCCGAGGACAGGCGCUUUCCUCGGUCUGAGGUGUGACAAUAACAAUGACUUGAGCAUCGCACACGUGAAAGCGCUGGACAAUAAACUGUGCUCUGAGGCCUGCUUACCUGCUGCAGUGCCGGACUCCUGCCCCAUUGACAUUGAGGAAUAGGCCCAGAGGCAGCCAACACCAAUGUGUGGCUCUCGUGCCCUCCCCUCUGGCAUCAGCCACCCGGAG